CUUUGGAGUUGAAGACGUGCGCGUUACAAACUUGGCUAACAGCUGAAAGCGAACAGAAGUUUUUCGAACGACGAACCAACGAAGACGACGGAAAUGAAGUUGGCUAAGAAGUGCUCCACUUACUUGGUGAUAUGCCUGGUUCUGCUGGCUUGCUUCUUGCAGGAAUCGGAGGCCACGCGACGUGUGAACCGCGGUCGUCGCACCCUCACCCGCAGAUACUUCGCUGGCCUUGCCAUCCCCGGUUGGGCUCUGAUCGUGUGUGUGGCCCUGGGUGAGCUGCUCAUUGGCGGAGCCCUCUACAUCAUCCUGAAGAAGGUGAUCCUGGACAAGGAGCCCGACGAGACGGCCACCUCCUACACUCCCGCCCAGGGACAAACGACGGUCCCCACAUAUACCCCCGCCCAGAGCCAUGAGACGGCAGCCACCACCUAUACUCCUGCUCAGACUCAUGAGACGGCCAAUGUGACUCCCACGCCCACACAUGCCACUGCAAUCGCUUAAGGAGGAGUGGUCCAGUUCAAAAGUUCAUAGCCCCCUUUGAAAUCAGUUUAAAUUCAGCCAUAAAAUAGC